UCAACAUAGCAUAGCCCUUGUUUGGAAAACAAUCCAGAAAAUCUCGUCCGACUGCACACAACCUUCACCAUGUGUUUAAACCGCCACCCGACCGGAGUGUUGCUCUUAUCACAACUCAUUCAUUUACUACACCGGCAUAAGGAAAGGGAUUGGAUCGAAGAGGAGGAUGACGAGGAGGAGGUGGAAGAGGAGGAAGAGCCAGAGGAGGAGGAGGAGGAAGUGGUAGAGGAGGAAGAGGCUUGUGCCACGCGGAGAAAACGAGGACGUGGAUUGGAAUUGGACGAGGAGGAGGAGGAAGAAGAGGAGGAGAAGAGGAGGAGAAGAGGAGGAGGAAGAGGAGGAAGAGAGGGGAACACCAUGAAGAGUAAGACGAGGAGGUGGAAGAAGAAGAGGUGGAAGAGGAAGACCAGGAAGAGUAAGAAGCGGAGGUGGAAGAAGAAAAGGAGGAAGAGGAGGAGGCGAGCAGGAGAAGGGAGAGGAGGAGGAAGAGAACAAGAGGAGGAGAAGAGGAGGAUGACGAACUCACCGAGGCGCGGUAAUCAUGUCGUUGACGAUGACGAAUGUGGUGUCGAUGAGGACGAUGUCGAAGAGGAGAAAAGCGAGAGGGAGAGAGAGAGAGAGGAUCGUGAGGAAUCUAUGCACGCUCGCGAGGGUGGGGAGUCUCAACAGUACUAUGAGGAGGAGGACGGGGGCGAUGGAGAAAACGAUCAUGCCUAUCCUGUCGAUGAUGAGGAUGGACGCCAAGAGCGGUCGGCUGAUGUGAGGGUCGACGACGCAACAGGAGAGCGGUCGGAGACCAGUGUCCAGAAAAGGAAGCGACAAUCUUCAACAAGUCCAACGGCGGCGGCGGGUAAGCGUGCUGCGAAGAAACUCACUAUCGCUGCAUCUCGACAGGCGCUCAAAGCUUCUCAAGAGGCGGUCGCUGAAAGCGUGAAGAAACGAAAAGGGUCCGCGUCGACAAGGGCGACAAAAACGGAGAAACGUCCGCCGAAAAGAAAGCAGAUGGUUGAUGAGGGUGACUCUGGAGAGGAUGCCGAAGGGGUUCCUCCAAGAGUUGUGUCGGAACAGACACAACCUUCCGCCAACACCCAUGAUGAAGCCAUCGACAAAACACAAUGCUUCUUCUUGGAGUUCGAUGAAGAUGGGUUUGCGAAGAAGAAACGGGAACACAUUGAAGUGGACGUCACGAAGAUCUUGUCAAUCCCUGAAGGUGGCAUCCUCUUCAACCAUAGAAUGUCGAACGAAACGUUGGUGCAGUCCAUAUAUGAUGCGAUCCAUCAUGCGGCCAAGGAAACCAACGGGAAGUGGGAUUUCAUGACUUUCAUCCUGACUCCCAUUGUGCCCAACAGGGACGGGUCUCAAGGCAGACGGAUCACACCGGAGCAAUUCGACGUCGAACUAGCUCAUACAUACAACUGGUAUGCUGUUGCUGGCCAGCACACGACUGAGGCAAUGAACAGACUCAUUAAAGACAAGUCACCGGCCGAGAUAGUGUACGGCUUGAGGUCAUACUCUCACGUACGUCUUGUCUACUUUGACAAAGACAGAAAGAGAGGAUAUUCGUACGUCUCGACGUUCAACAACACGAGGGAGGAGCGUUCGAUCCCGAGAUCGUUUUCGUCAUCUGUGCACCAAAUCAGAACAUUUUGGGAUAAGAGGAAUGGCCGGAUCCGUCCGCCAGGGACCGUAUCACCGAAUGACGUCGAGGGAAUGAAACGGAAAAAGAAAUGGGAAGAGUUCAUGAACGCCGCCUGCAAAAUGACACCCGAUUCCGGUCUCAUGAACUCGUCCUUGGACAACGACUACUGCAAGGACUGGACGAACAAGAUGCGCGGAUACAUGAAUCUUGCGCAGUGCGGCGAUACGGUGUGGCCACUGGUACAAAGAUUCUUUGACAUGUACGAGAAGGGGCUAUUGUCGCGAGCCGACGGUGUGAGAUACAUCGACCUGCCGGGGAAAGUGGAAGCGAGGCUGCCUGGGCAAUACUUCCUCAAGGAUAACUUCGACAAAAAAGUCAUGUUCCACUGCAUCAAGGCCAGAAAGGGGACACCACGCGCAACGGUGUCUAUACCUGACUUGACGCCCACAAUCUUCAAGUUGUUCGGCGAUAUGACAGUCUCGUUCAUCAGGGAGGACGAUGACGUGAUGCUGUUGGGCAGGGCGCAUGCGGGACUAAUUUGGGAACUCGCUCGCGCCAGACACCACGUGUUUGCGUGUGACGACACGACAAAAGAGCUCACAUACCUUUCCAAGUUUUUGAAGUUUUAUGUGAAGGAUCCGAGGAACAAAUGUAGGUUCGAGAAGCCCCAAGUCGAGCACCGCAAGGACCGAGGCAUAUACUAUAAGCUCAAUAGAAAGAGGGAGAAAGUGUGGGCUUACUUGUUUGGUGAUGCUCCACGGUCGGCGGUUGAUAACGACUACGUCAUCAAGAAAAGUGAACUGGAAGUAGCAAUGAACGAGUACCACGGAUCGCACAUGGGUGCUUUCCACAUGUUCGUCGCACGUUAUGAGCAUCUGUAUUUCAAUAUGAAGAAAAGAGCACUGUCAAGCAGAGACUAUGCAGACUUGGCACGUAAAGCUGGCAACUUCAACAACAUCGAUUGUGAUGAAGACACGUCAGACUCCGACCUGGAUGUUCCAUCGCGCGCGACACGACGUUCAGCGCAGGGAGCACGUGUCGAGGAGCCGCAAUGGCGCACCAACGCAGAUGCGGAGAAGACGAGGUCGAGUUUGGGAGCGACACGUGCAAGUGAGGGAAACGUGGAACAUAGAAUGAAUGCAAGGGGAGAAAAAAAUUGUGUGCCAACGAACCCGGUGGGUGCAAGUGAGGGAAUUGUUAACUCACGGGGCAAUACAGCGGUAGGAGAGAAUGAGUGUGAAAUGACCCCGCCGACAGCUGGACCAUCAUCGACACAUGCACUGCAGGCCGAGCAGCGAACGCUCAAGUCGGUGGACACAGAUGAAGACGAAGACAUGGAUAUGACAACACUCGUGCCGAAUCUCGUGCCAGGAAAACCGUUAUCUCAAGGCUUUGUUCAAGACCCUUCAGUGUCAUACUUGUUGCAAGACAAGUACAAGGAGUCAUCGGAGGAGGAUUGGGGUCAUCAGAUUCUCUGGCAUGAGGGCAUGUUCGAACCAUGCGUGUUUGCAGGCAAGUGGCACAUGGCUGUGAAGACAAGAGACCGCAGGUGGGUCACGAAGGAAAGAAAGGACGCUGCGAUAUGGCACAACCUGACGAAAACGCAACUUUUUCGGCGGGUUUUACAAGAAAAUGUUGGUGCAAGCGAGGUGGCUGUAGCGGCAAAGGCGAAAGCUUUGUUUGAGCAUCUGCGUGCGAACAAACAACUAGAAUUCAUCACAAAGUUCUACGACCUUGCAUCAAGUGUGUCGUACGGCUCCAUCGAUUGGAAAAUCAAACAAGCGUCAGCAGUACAAAGAAUUGAUAGUAUCACCUCUCAGAAGACUCAAGACGUCAUCGCGUCUAACACCAUCGUUGCGAUGGCCAGAGGGGAUGCAGGCUGCGAAACGGACACACGUGCAAACGCAGGUCACAUACAGAAUGAACAAUUGCGAGGUGACGGCACUGCGCCGAACGACUAUGAUGCCAGUGAUAUCAAUGGAAGCCAGUGUUCUCCAGGAUCUCGGAAGCGCAGUGCCAUGGACCACUUGGUGUUGUUCAAUUCAUCAGACGAUGAGGCGUUCUACUCAGACGGGAAUGACAACAGCCAGGAGGUCAAGGCUGUCAAGCAACGUGGUAAGCCUCCGACGAACUGCGUGGACACUGGUGAACUGCGGCUGUUGCGCCGAGGGGACUGUUAUCCUUCUAUGACAGCGUUGCAGGACGCAGUGCUGUUUAGUGCUGCAGUGGCACAAUUCCAGUUCAACACACUACGCUCGUCCCCUAUCUUGUACCACGUCAUGUGCGAGACACCUGAUUGCAGUUGGGCGAAGGCCAGGGCUCCUAAUGGGGGAGGGGGAGCCACAAUCGUAGAACAAAGCAGACAUCGCAUUGGCUUUGGCUGCAAAGGGCCUGUGACACGCAAAGGUGGCAACAAACAUGCCAGCGAGAGGUGGGAGUACCUCAUGGCGGAGGAAAAGUUGCAGGAAGGGGGGACCGUGACUGCAAAGGGUUUGCAGGAUUGGUUUGAUGUCAAGGCAAAAACCACCGUCUCUUAUGACAAGGGCCGGCCUAUGGCAGCCCUGCAGAUCACCGGUGUCUGCACUGGUCCACAGGUGGAAGGCGCUCAGCUGAACAAUCAACCACUCAUUGGCCCGGGUGGCAGGCAGCGUCUGCUCCUGUUCCAGCCCCAGGUACUCACUAAACUCGAAGUUGGAUCCCUUGUGCGGAGGCAAAUCCACAGUCUGCUCCGCCGUGAGUCUGCCGACCCCGUGGUGGACCUUAGGCAAAGCCAGUUGAGGUGGAAAGCAGCCUGCCCACCGAGCACACCGUGCACAAUGCGAAGAAGCGGACAUACUAGGGCUAUCCCGGGGGAUGCGAGCAGGGGUGGUUGGGCGUGCUCCAAGAUCGGGCCUCGGGGGAGGUCGAAGAGGACCGCAGAGACAAGCAAGCGGGUUAUAACCAGCGAGCCAGACCCGGGCAUAUUCGGCCCCAACACAGUGACGUGGCACCUGCAUGGUGAUCCAGCAUGGUGGAUCGCUGGGAUCUGCAGUCUGUACCUCCAGGCACUGCAUCCACGUGCUGUCGCGGCCGUUGUGCAAAACUCUGUGUUCCAGAAGGACCCCCUGGGCCGCCUACUGCGCACCGCCAAGUACCUGAGCGUGACCACAUACGGCUCAACGGAGGAGGCAGAAAACGCUGCCCGCUGUGUGCGUGCGGUGCAUCACAAGCUCCGUGCUGUGGACCCGCGGACCAGUGACGUGAUAGGCCUUGACGAUCCUGAUCUACUGCUGUGGGUGCACUGCGCAGAGGCUGCAUUGAUCGCCACCAUCAUUCAGCGUGCGGGCUUUACGCUGUCCGACGAGCAGAUGGACCGCUACUACGACGAGCAGCGCCGGUCUGCUGCUCUGGUGGGCCUGGACCCGGAGAAGACACCAGGCUCGCAGAGUGCCAUGGCAGAUUACUUCACUCAGGUUCGUCCUCAACUGCAGAGGACACCCGAUUCAGAUCUUGUGUACGACUUCCUUCACGCCCCGCUGACCAACUGGUGGUCGUUGCCCGUCAACCUCGCUUAUCUGCCCAUCAGCCACCUCGCAUAUUCUUUGCUACCAGAUUGGGCCCAGAAGCUCCACGGGCAUAGGGCAUAUCCCACCGGGCUGGUGGACGCAGGGUUGCACGCGUUCCGGGCAGCUGGACUUGCGGUGCCAAGGGAGAUCCGGGCGCGCUAUCCCUUUAACCAUGUCGAGCGUGCUGUGGAACGCCUUGGUGAGCCCGUCUUCCCGGCAAUGUCAGUGCCACUGCCGCGUUAACGACCCAGCGCCAUUGAAUGUUCUCCAACUUGAAGUAAUGGGUGUUCCUGCAGUCACCAGGCCCGUUUGAGGCCCAUAAGGGGGUCAACUAAGGGCCCUAUGGGAGUCUAUGCUUCUUAUCCUUUCCUCUGUUCAUUUUCUGAACUACAUUCUUUCCCCAAACAUAACGCAUAUGUGUUGAACUCGAGUUUUCAAAUUUGAAAAAAAAUCGAAUAGAACACAUACGCGUUGUAUUCAAAAUUUAGGGCUAUUCGAAUAGAACAGAUAUGUGGUCUAUUCAAAUAGAACGCACCCUGUGUGUUGUAUUCAUUUACAGCAUAUGUGUUAUUUUCGAGGGAAGGAGGUGCGUAAUUCGUUGUUUAUCCCACCAGUACAUGGGCACCUGGGCCGCGGGCCUGACACCUUGAAAUCUGCAAGCGCGCAACGAGAACAAGACUGACCACGGAUCCAAGUUAUCGACGGCAGGCCCAACGUUUGACGUUCCGGCCACGUUUUCUUGUGGCGACAAGUUUUGGACUGCAAGGCUGGGGUCGUGUUUAGUGGUUUUACUUUCAGUGCUGCUGAACUACGCCUGGGCUAUGGAGGUAGAGGAGAACCUCACGGUUGGACAGGAGGGUAGAUAGAAGAGCAGAGUGAUGGAAAAAAAGAAGGGCGGAGGGGUCGGACAAGAGAGAUUACCUUUGGGGAGCGUCAGUCCUCGUCUCCACUUCCUUGAUUGAACAAUAUCUAGAAGGCCCCUGUUGUAGUACCAAAGGUAAUCUCCGAUGGACGCCCUGUCUUGUAGUUUUGUCACCGCGUCGGGUAGUGAACUCACGAAUUUGAGAGGUAUACAUCGGAUAGUAAGGACCUCGCUCCACUACUGUUCGCUGUACGAAUUUGUGGACAAUUCAUGGACAGCAGUCGGAGAGUUCAAAAUCCGGGAAACCGCGGCAUCACUCCACUUACUGUCUGCUGUUUUUUUUGUUUCUUUUUUUUGAAUCAGAAAGGUACCAGGAAAAAGGGUUAAGAAGAGAUCUGCCAGCAUUGAUUACUCUAGCAUUCAGGGGAUCGACUUUGCACGUUGUUAAGAAACGGAAGGAAACCUCUUGACCCUGUGCCAAGCGCCAAAUACCUGCUGCUGAGAAGCUAGUUCGUCCCUCCCCCAACUACCCCUACGGUCCUACCCAGACAUCGUUCUCCAACUACCAGUCUGCGAGCAUUGAUUGCUCUGAUUACCAGGGGAUUAACUGAGCAGGUGAUGUAUCUUGUGAAGGAGUGAGCAUUUGAUAAGCGAUGCCCAGGGGCCACCGGGGAGGCUUAUCUCAUUGUUAUCCGAUCCAAUGUUAAGUAAACAUUUCGCUAGGAUUAACUGAAUGUCCCUAACAACCCCAAUCGGAGUGUUAGGUAUCCUUUUAUCUGCAGACGGAAAACCAUCAACGAACAAUGACUGGAUCUCCAAGCUGGCCUUAGCUAAAUUAGAAUUAUGGAAAGAUAAGCAGACAUCUAUUAUUGGAUGAUCGCUGGUUAUUAACAAUGUGAUCCUUGCUUCGAUAUGGUACAAAUCAGUAGUAUGGUCUCUGGACAAACCGACUCUCAAACCUCUACAGAAGCAAAUUACAGCUUACCUCUCGAGAGGUAAUCAUGAACAUAAGAAUGUAAUAAGUAAAGUGGCCUAGCAAGC